AACAGGCUCUGCAGUGUGUGCAACCUGUCCUGCCUCUGCACGCAGCGGCCUUGGCAAAACAUCCUCCCUCUCUGUCUGCUGUGCUGGGGCACCUCCCGCAUCACUUCUUCAGAGGGUAGGGAGGAAAACACAGAGCUGCAAGCCUUCAACCCGGGCGCCGCACAGGGACACCUCAUUCCUGUACCAGCCACGGUGUCAAACACAGCUCCUGGCAGGGUUGGAUGGGCGAAGCACCCUGCAUCGCUGCCGAAGGGUGCGCAGCCUCCCGCCGGCACCUGCGGCUGAAGGCGUGACUUGGCAGCAGGUACACCUGCCUCCUCUCCCUGCCUGUGACCAGAGCCCUGUGCUGGCAGGGGAGCCAGAGCCGGUGCUGCCGGCAGCGGGUGGCACUGUCCCAGCGUUGCGCUGUGAAGAUGGUAGAAGGAGGUUUCACCAAAGUCCUCCAGAAGAAGCUGUUUUUCCACCUUGCACAGAAAUAUCAGCCCCUUGGAAGCGGCGAGCCGGAGGAGGAGGAGGAGGAGGAGACCCAUGAGGAGUGUGAGCUGAAAAUAAUUGAGCAGGAGAAGGAGGUGGCAGUUCUGCCCCCGAAAGACGCAUGCAAGUGCCAUAAAGAAGACUUGGCUAAAGCUUUAAAUGUUGAUCUGCAAACUGGACUCUCUGAGUGUUCUGUGCUGCAACGCAGGUUAAAGCAUGGCUGGAAUGAGUUUUCAGUAGAGAAUACAGAGCCAAUAUGGAAGAAGUAUCUGGACCAGUUUAAAAACCCCCUCAUUCUCUUGUUGCUGGCUUCUGCUUUAGUAAGUGUCAUCACGAAAGAAUACGAGGAUGCUGCGAGCAUCACCAUGGCGGUGCUCAUCGUAGUCACUGUGGCCUUCAUUCAGGAAUAUCGCUCAGAAAAAUCUCUGGAAGAGCUUAACAAGUUGGUGCCCCCUGAGUGCAACUGCCUAAGGGAAGGGAAGCUGCAGCACCUUCUAGCACGAGAGCUUGUGCCUGGAGAUAUCAUUUAUCUGUCUGUUGGCGACAGGGUUCCUGCAGACCUCAGGCUGAUAGAGGUUACAGAUCUGCUGGUAGAUGAAUCCAGUUUUACUGGAGAAGCUGAGCCUUGUAACAAGACUGACAGUGUAUUAGUGGAAGCUGGAGACAUAACCACACUGAGCAAUGUUGUUUUCAUGGGGACACUGGUGCGAUACGGGAAGGGAAAAGGUGUAGUUAUUGGGACUGGUGAAAAUUCACAGUUUGGAGAGGUGUUCAAAAUUAUGCAAGCUGAAGAGACUCCCAAAACACCUCUCCAGAAGAGCAUGGACAGACUGGGGAAGCAACUUACUCUCUUCUCCUUUGGCAUAAUCGGUUUAAUAAUGCUCAUUGGCUGGUUACAAGGGAAGCAUCUCCUUGGCAUGUUCACAAUUGGAGUUAGCCUGGCAGUGGCUGCCAUCCCAGAGGGCCUCCCCAUCGUGGUCACCGUCACACUGGUACUUGGCGUUCUCCGGAUGGCUAAGAAAAGGGUGAUUGUGAAGAAGCUGCCCAUAGUAGAAACCUUAGGUUGCUGCAAUGUCAUCUGCUCAGAUAAGACAGGCACUCUGACUGCCAAUGAGAUGACAGUGACUCGUCUUGUGACUUCGGAUGGGUUCCAGGCAGAGGUCAGUGGUGUGGGCUACAAUGGAGAAGGAAAUGUUUAUCUUCUGCCAUCAAAAGAGAUUCUUAAAGAAUUUUCCAAUGUCUCAGUUGGAAAACUAGUGGAGGCUGGCUGUGUAGUCAACAAUGCCAUUAUCAGGAAAAACAGUGUGAUGGGACAGCCCACAGAAGGAGCUCUCAUUGCCCUUGCAAUGAAGAUGGAAUUAGCUGACAUAAAAGAUAUUUAUGUAAGAAAUAAGGAAAUUCCAUUUAGCUCUGAACAGAAGUGGAUGGCUGUGAAAUGCGCCCUGAAAAAUCAGGAUCAGGAUGAUAUUUACUUUAUGAAAGGAGCAUUUGAAGAAGUGAUUCAAUACUGCUCUCUGUAUAACAGCGGUGGCAUCUCGUUAUCACUUACACCCCAGCAGAAAGCCUUCUACCAGCAGGAAGAAAAACGAAUGGGCUCCUCAGGUCUAAGGGUACUUGCUUUGGCUUCAGGUCCAGAACUUGGCAAACUAACAUUUUUAGGUCUGGUUGGAAUAAUUGAUCCCCCAAGGGCUGGAGUGAGAGAAGCUGUUCAAGUCCUUCUGGAUUCUGGUGUAUCAGUAAAGAUGAUAACUGGAGAUGCCUUGGAAACUGCUGUGGCUAUAGGGCAGAAUAUUGGUCUCUGCAACGGAAAGCUGAAAGCCAUGUCUGGGGAAGAGCUGGACCAACUGGCAGAGGCAGAGCUAUCAUCCACUGUCAAAAAUGUUUCCAUUUUCUUCAGAACAAGUCCAAAGCACAAACUGAAAAUAAUAAAGGCUUUGCAGAGGGCUGGUGCUAUUGUGUCAAUGACAGGAGACGGUGUUAAUGAUGCUGUGGCCCUUAAAUCUGCUGAUAUCGGGAUUGCAAUGGGACAAGCUGGUACAGAUGUCAGCAAAGAGGCUGCCAACAUGAUUCUUGUGGACGAUGACUUCUCAACAGUAAUGAAUGCAAUAGAAGAGGGAAAGGGAAUAUUUUACAACAUAAAGAAUUUUGUCCGGUUCCAGCUGAGCACGAGUAUUUCAGCUUUGAGCCUAAUUACUCUGUCAACUGUGCUCAACCUACCAAAUCCACUCAAUGCUAUGCAGAUCUUAUGGAUCAACAUCAUCAUGGAUGGGCCACCAGCCCAGAGCCUGGGAGUGGAACCAGUUGAUAGGGAUACUAUCAAACAGCCGCCCCGACGUAUCACAGACACUAUACUCAGCAAAUCACUGAUCCUGAAAAUCUUCAUGUCAGCUGUAAUUAUCAUCAGUGGAACCCUCUUUGUCUUCUGGAAGGAGAAUCCAAAAGAUGGCAUAAAUCCUCGAACCACGACAAUGACUUUUACCUGUUUUGUAUUUUUUGAUCUCUUCAAUGCCCUGACAUGCCGCUCCCAGACAAAGUUGAUAUUUGAAAUAGGCUUUUUUCGAAACCGCAUGUUCUUGUAUUCUGUGCUGGGAUCAUUUUUGGGACAACUGGCUGUUAUAUACAUCCCUCCACUACAAAAGAUCUUCCAGACAGAGAAUUUAGGAGUGCUAGACCUGCUGUUUCUCACUGUACUGGCUUCCUCCGUUUUCAUCGUGUCCGAGCUCGUCAAACUCUGUGAGAAACACUGCUGCCAACCAAAGCACACAAAGAGAUGUCAUAACUGAUGCAAACAUCCUCUAAAGAUACACUUGAGACCAAGCUGUGAUGCUGGAUAUUUGAAAUGCAAAGUUUCUGACACCACACGUCCUUUCUGAAGAUACUCCAAGUGAAUCUGUACACCACAGUCUGUUCCUUCUAAUGCUUUACCUAAACUCUUUGAGCUGUCUACAGAACCUCCAGAGCAGCUCAUGUUUUAAACCAAGAUCAGGUAUACUUUUAUAACACUGAUCUGUAUCUCAAGAAUGCUGUGACAGUCCUACAUAAAAUAACAGAAUAGCACCUCUCCUAUAAGAAAAAGCUGAGAGUCAGGGUUGUUCAACCUGGAGAAGACUCUGGGGAUACCUUAUUGCAGCCUUUCAGUCCUUAAAAGGGGCCUAUAAGAAAGAUGGGGAUAGA